AUGCCUUUCCUCCAGAUAUCUGCAAUAACUACCUUCAUUAUUGUGAUAAUUCUACCUCCAGAUAUUGAAGCGGGUUUUGUCUCCAAAUAUGGAGUGCCAUAUAAUUCAACGGAGACCGAGGUCUUCCAUAAUCUAGAUAAACGGAGUAUCGAGAGGCGAAGACCGGUGGAGAAAGACCUUGGAUGCACCGAUGAUGCUGUCAUUCUGGAUUCUCUUCUGGUGGGAUAUGAUAAACACAAGAUCCCGGGUGGAGGGAAAGUCAAGGUGGAUGUGGAGGUAGGUGUUGCAUACCGAAUAUUGGAUAAACAAAUAUCCAAGUAGAGUACGCUGAAGUAGUGCGCUGAAUUUUUUCUUAUUUUAACUGUGGUGUCCAAGAAGUUUUAUUUUCUUAUUUUAGCUGUGGGUCCAAGAAGUUUCGAAGAUUAUUGAGAUUACCAGUGAGUUUGAAUUGGAUUUAUAUGUGACAGAAAUGUGGACCGAUCCAUCAUUGGCCUUUUUGCACAUGAAUCCAUGUAAACAGUAAGUCAUUGCAUCUUUUUUCUCAAUUUUCUCAGUAAUAUUUCGGUUGAUGGCCCCAAAAUUCUUUCCCAAAUAUGGACCCCCCUUGCCUGUUUUGUCAACUCAAAGGCAGCCUCUGUUCAUCAAUCCCCUUUCAAAAACAUCUUUCUCCAACUCUAUUCAAAUGGAAGUGUGUGGCAUAACUACCGGAUCAAGUUAACUGGUCCUUGUGUCUCUACCCUGAGGACAUUUCCCAUCGAUCAACAGAGAUGCAUGUUGUAUUAUGAGUCUUAUAAUCAUAAUUAUGCCGAAGUUCAAAUGAAUUGGACGGCAACUCCAAUACUGAUUUUGAAGGAGACAAUCUCACUGCCGGAUUAUGUCCUCAAAGAUUUCCAUGCCUCUUCGAUUAUGAGGUUAUACCCUCCGGGGAAAUGGAAUGAGCUCAUUGCGACCUUUACUUUCCAAAGGCUCUACGGGUUUUAUAUUUUACAGGUAAGUGGCAUUUGUGUUACAAUUGCUCAAUUGAACUUGAGUCUAGAUCUUACUUUAAUUUUUUUGUUGCUUCAGGUUUACGUGCCGGCUUACAUUUCUGUGUUUAUGUCAUGGAUUUCCUUUUACUUGGGGCCUAAGAACACUCCAUCACGCACAACCAUCGGUGUAAACGCGGUAAAGCAAAUUUUUGAAGACCUUUCUUAUUAUAAAGAUUACGUUUCACACCAAAAACGUUGUUUCAGCUCCUCUCCCUUACAUAUCAGUUUGGUUCUGUUGUAAAUAACCUUCCCAAGACCAGCGAUGUCAAAGCAAUCGAUGUGAUGAUUCUUUUUUCCAUGGCCUUUAUUUUCUUGUCGUUGAUGGAACUGGCAGUUGUUGGAUAUUUAACAAGGAAAGAGAAGGCCGAAAGUAUUGUGUAAGUAACGAUAUUAAUCUCGCUGGUCUUCAAUUACAAGUAUUAUUCCUCUAGAAUUAGACAAUAGAUCUUUGUCUUGCGAGCAAAGUGCAAUGUGGUGAAGGACAUUUCUUGAAAAUUAUUCAAAUCGUUAUUUAUAGCUGUAAUUGUUCCUGGCUGUGCGUCCGUUGUCCUGAAUGGACCGCAACGAAGAUCGACAAGUUCUCGAUGUGCAUGUUCCCUUUGUGUUUCUUCAUCUUCAAUCUUUGGUACUGGGUGAUUUUUCUCGGAAUGGGAAAACCAAAAGAGUAA